GUUCCCGCCCCUGCCCGCGCAGCCUCCCCCCCACCCCGGACUCGCCCAUGAGCCUGCUCGGGGGCUACCGCAAAAAGCCCAGCAAUGACGGGUACGAAUCUUUGCAGCUGGUGGAGAGCAACGGUGACUUCGGCGGGGGCAGCAAGGAGCGAGCCGGCGGCAGCAAGCAAGGGGUGAUCCCGGCCGUGUUGGCCGCAGCCCGGAGCCCGGCCCGACAGCAGCCGCAGCCGCAGCAUCUGGACGGCGGCAGCAGCACCAUGGACAGCUCAGGGGCAUCAUCGCCAGAUAUGGAAUCCACCUAUGGGGGAGGCUUACUAGACAUGGUGAAAGGAGGAGCAGGGCGACUCUUCAGCAACUUGAAGGAUAACCUGAAGGACACCCUAAAAGAUACCUCUUCAAAAGUUAUGCAAUCUGUUGCCAGUUACACCAAGGGAGAGCUAGAUAUUUCUUAUGUUACCUCAAGAAUCAUUGUUAUGUCUUUUCCUGCUGAAGGGGUUGAACUGGGGUUCAGGAAUCACAUUGAAGAUGUGCGGACGUUCUUAGAUUCACGACAUCCUGACCACUACACGGUCUUCAAUUUGUCACAGAAGUCUUAUCGUAGUGCCAAGUUUCAUAACAGGGUAUCUGAAUGUAGCUGGCCAAUGAGACAAGCGCCCAGUCUGCAUAAUCUCUAUGCUGUAUGUAAGAACAUGCACAACUGGUUACAGCAGAACCCCAAAAAUGUGUGUGUCAUCCAUUGCAUGGAUGGCCGUGCAGCAUCAGCAGUUCUGGUCAGUGCAAUGUUCUGUUUCUGUCAUCUCUUCUCUAGUCCAAUCCCAGCUAUUCAGUUGCUCAACUCAAAGAGACCUGGAAUAGGACUCUGGCCAUCCCACAGAAGAUACCUAGGAUACAUUUGUGAUCUAAUAGCAGAAAAGCCCAUCCACCCUCACUGUAAGCCUCUUACUAUCAAAUCAGUCUCUCUCAGUCCGGUCCCCUGUUUCAAUAAACAGAGAAAUGGGUGUCGACCCUUCUGUGACAUUCUGAUUGGAGAAACCAGAAUCUUUACAACCUCCCAGGAAUAUGAAAGAAUGAAGGAAUUCCGUAUGCAAGAAGGGAAAGUCCUAAUUCCAUUAGGAGUUACUGUUCAUGGAGAUGUUGUCCUUUCUGUCUACCAUAUGAGAUCAACCAUUGGGGGACGACUUCAAGCAAAAAUGACAAACACACAGAUCUUCCAGAUUCAAUUUCAUACUGGAUUCAUAGCACUGGGAACAACUCUGCUAAAAUUUACAAAACCAGAACUGGAUGCAUGUGACUCCCCAGAAAAAUAUCCACAGCUGUUUCAUGUUACACUGGAGAUAGAAAUAGAAUCUGCCGAUAGACAGACUGACCUGACUCCUCCCUGGGAGAACUUCACAACAAAAGACAUCAAUGCAAGCAUUCUUUUCUCCUCUCACCAGGAACAUCAAGAUGCUCUCGCCUUGGCAGGUCGAAGCUCUGUAGAUGCACCUCAGGAUAACAUAAAAAAUGUUGGACAGGGGGCAUUCCUCUCCUCUCUCAGCUGGCAAGAUCAGAAAUCUGACAAAAGCAGUUCUCACCCCACCUCUGAGGAUCGGGCAGCACUAGUGCAUGAGGAGAGUGAACAGUCCGACGAUGAACUCUUAUCCCUUUCCAGUCAGCACAGCAAUGCUAGCAGCGACAAAACCCAUGGGACUCCAAAACACAGCAAAAAGCAGCAAGAGCCUCCAGCACCACUUCCGCCUGAGGAUGUCGACCUUCUGGGUCUAGACGGUAGCCCUAUGAGCAAGAAUUUCCCUGCUCAGUCCACUGCUCUCCCCUCUAACUCAGACUUGCUGAGUGAUCUGUUCGGGGUCAGUGGUUCCAGGGCCCACAGCCAAGGUGGACAGGCAGCUGCUGAGGAUGUCUUUCACGUGGGUGGGCCUGGAUCUGCACACUCCACCCCUCGACGCUCUGCAGCUUCAGCAUCUCCAUCUCCAUCCCCAAGAGUAGGAGAAGCAACUGUCUUUGACCCAUUUGGAACUAGCCCCAAGCAGUCUGGUCCAGAUCUACUGGGUUCUUUUCUUGGUUCAUCAAAUGCCACUGGUGAUCCUUUCCUUCAAGCAACAAGAAGUCCUUCACCUACUGUGCACAGUGACCCUUUUCACAUGGCUUCUAGUACACCAACUGUUGCCAUACAACCAGAUGUUUCAGGUGGCUGGGAGUGGUCCAACAAAUCAGGUGGCCUUGGUAUGGGAAGCAAGUCAGCCGCUACAAGUCCCACAGGAUCUCUCCAUAGCACUCCCACUCAUCAGUCCAAACCACAAACUCUGGAUCCAUUUGCUGAUUUGGGGGCUCUUGGUGCAAAUUUAGCAGGGGGGUCUUCAUUUGCCAGCAAACCAACCACACCGACAGGAAUAAGUGGAGGAUUCCCUCCUAUGGGCUCUCCACAGAAACCAUCUCCCCAGCCAAUGGGAGGUAGUGGUUGGCAGCAAGGUGCCGGAUACUCCUGGCAACAAUCACAGUCCAAAUCCCAGCAAAACAUACCACAUGCCUCUCCACAGAACAGGCCCAACUACAAUGUGAGCUUUUCAGCAAUGCCUGGUGGGCAAAACGAUCGUGGGAAAGGACCAGCCAAUGCUGACUCAAAACCAAAGGUGUCUGCUGAUUUUGAAGACCUAUUAUCUGGUCAAGGCUUUAAUGCCCACAAAGACAGAAAGGGACCCAGAACAAUAGCUGAAAUGAGAAAAGAAGAAAUGGCUAAGGAGAUGGACCCUGAAAAGUUAAAAAUCCUAGAAUGGAUUGAAGGGAAGGAGAGAAACAUAAGAGCACUGCUAUCAACGAUGCACACUGUUUUAUGGGCUGGAGAGACUAAAUGGAAACCCAUCGGCAUGGCAGAUCUUGUAACUCCAGAACAAGUGAAGAAGGUUUACCGGAGAGCAGUGCUUGUUGUUCAUCCUGACAAAGCUACAGGGCAGCCAUAUGAACAGUAUGCAAAGAUGAUCUUCAUGGAGCUAAAUGAUGCCUGGUCAGAAUUUGAAAACCAAGGCCAAAAGCCUUUAUAUUAAGCUACUUUCUCAACCUGUGCUCGUGCUUGUAUAGUCUCUGAUCACAACUUUGCCAUUUUCACAGAUAACCAAAAUCUGGCUGGAAAUUUGGAAGUUUCAAAAUUGCUCAUGAACCGAACACUUAUCACGAAGAGCAAAAUGGAUGUUCCCUCAUGCAUACAUCACACAAAUUUCAAAAGCACAGGAGAAUUUUAGCCACAUGUCUCCUAAGGGGACCUGUGUAGCUAAAAUUGCUCAUAAUACUUUGGAAACGUAUCCCGUAUUUCCAGAGUUAAGUGGGGUGAGGGAGGAAUGCAUUCUAGACAAAGGUGGAACCGUUUUGUCUUGGGACACUUGACAUCCCACUUCUGACAAUGAAUUCUAGUGAGACCCCCCACUUCAAGUGAGUGUAAUAACUGGAGGUUAUGUCCAACCUUCCAAGCUGAGAUCCAAAUGUAAGUGUUCGCCUCCAGGGACCUGGUUUAGGCACUGAUAAUAAUUAAUAAUAAUUCUCAUUUGAUAUCUAAUCACUUUUAGGAUAUUCUCAAAGACGAAGCUGAGCAACUGGAUAAGUCAAUAUGGCAACUUAACGCCUUAAGCAGAGAACUGUACUUUACAUUACAGCCAAUCAGUGAAAUAUUUAGAACAAAUUCUACAGCACCGUAGAGCAAAGAGUGACUUAAACUGAAGAUCAAAUAUUUGAUGUUACACCAGCCUAAGCUAAACACCUAUUAAGAUGCAAUGUUCAGGGAAUAGUGAACUGUGUGGGCGUGGGGUGAGUCCAUAGUUGUAGAACAGGAAUGGUAAGCAUUUACCACAUUCCUGGUGAAGCUCUACCCAUAAGUAGAACUGUCUGAUAGCCCAUGUUUUUUAAGAUUGCUAUGUCAGUUAUGCUGCUGCUUCAGAAGCUUCCCCACAUUAGUUAAAAAUAUUUCCCAUUUUGAGGGUUUGGAAGAUCUUGCUUCACCAUGUUUGAUCAGUUCCAACCAACUGUCUAAAAGUUUCUCAGAGCACUUGGGCAAGGGGUCAUGAUAGAAAUGGAAUCUGUUACCACUUCACCCUGCAGAUCACAGUACGCAAGUUAUCCAGGCAUGUGGAAUUUGUCUGGCCUUUUUAGAAGUAACAGGGCAGUUUGCAUCUUUAAAAGUUGCAUUGGUCCACAGCAAUAAUGGCAACAUACAGGCGUGUCUGAUGCUGAAGCUGAAGCCUUUCUUACCUAGUUAUGCGGCAAGUUCCUUUGACCCAGGCUAUCUCUCCUUUUGUAAAGUCACUAGAAAUAAUGGUUUAUUUACCACACUUCAUGGUUGAGAUGAAAUCUCAUAUCUGCUUUUAGCUUUAAAAGUUCAGCAUAUGCAUAGGAUGGGCAGAAAGGUUUCCAUAUUAAUUCUUUAAGGAAAAGAUCUAUAUCUGAUGUGAAAAUCUUUGGAAAGCUGGUAUUUUUAAAGACAAUCCAUUUUUGUUUAUUUACUUUAAAUUUUAAUUUUCCAGUGACACAAUAGUUACGGCAAAGGCAGCAUGUCAAAGGACGUUACUUUCUGUAUAAAACUUCAUCUUUUUGUUGUACUGGUCCAUUAUUUAUUACCAUUAACUGACAAUGUGAUACCAACACACACUUUUCCUUUUUAUAUACAAGACCUUAAAAUGUUCAAGAUAACCAUAACAAAUGAUGUUAUUUAUUAACAUAUUAUGAAAUGUUUGUUUUUUGAUCCAGUAUGUGCUUGUCUUAUUUAAAAAGAUAACUGGAAUGUGAAUCAUGUUCCUGUGGUUUGUUGAUUUAUUUUGUUUCUCAUUCACGUUUGUAGAUAUUGUGUGAACUAUGCCUAUAUAAUAAAAGGAUCUCAUUGAUGUAAUGUACAUUUUUGAAAUGAUAAACUACAUUCGCUUUGUAUCAAGUUUGUCAUGGCAGAGAGCUCUGGAUAACACCUCAAUGUUCACAAAAUACGAACUAUCAUUAAACUUUAAAUAACCCAGGAAAAAAAACCUCCCCAAAUUUAAACUUUGAUUCUCCUCCAACCUAAUGUUUUUAUGGAUGCAUGAAAGUUUUGGGACCUACUUAUCUCAAAAUUAGUUAACUCAGCAAUUCAUUUAUUUUCAUAUCUUGUAGUGACAGAGCUUAUCAAUGUUCAGGUUUACUGUUUGUCUAAAAUUAUUGUAAUUUUUUUGUAAAUAUGCUAUAUACUCAAAAUGAAAUGUGACUAGUCUAAAACAUUUGUAUAUAUAUUAAAAAGCUCAUUCAAUAAAUUCAGGUAUGUUCUGUG